AGGCAUUUUGGGGGAGGUGUGCCGGCGGGGCUCGAGUGGGUGGGAUGUUUUGACGGCCGGGGGGCUGGUGUCUCAAAGUGUAUAAAGGUGCUGUGCCGAGAGGCAGGGAGCAUGUUUGGAGCUUUUCUUCUGCAGACACACCUCCUCUGACUGACCGCAGCCAGCAUGGCCGAGAGACGCAUUCCCUUCACCAUGCAGCGCACCCCGAGCUGGGACCCGUUCCGGGACCUGCACCAAACCAGCCGCAUCUUCGACCAGGCGUUCGGCCUCCCGCCCGUGUUUGAGGACUUCCCUGGGUUCCCCACCACCCACUGGCCCGGUUACAUGAGGCCGUCGCUCAUGGCCCCGGACAUCAUGAUGCCCCCCGGCCCCAUGAUGUACCACCCGGGCCACAUGAUGGCCCACCAAGCCAGGGCCCUGUCCCGGCAGAUGAGCAGCGGGAUGUCCGAGAUCAAGCAGACGCAGGACAACUGGAAGAUCUCCCUGGACGUCCCCCAUUUCUCACCUGAGGAGCUGGUGGUGAAGACCAAGGACGGCGUUUUGGAAAUUUCUGCCAAGCAUGAAGAAAGGAAGGACGAACAUGGUUUUGUGUCAAGAAGCUUUACCAGAAAAUACACUCUGCCCCCUACUGCCAACAUCGAGAAGGUGACGUCCUCUCUGUCUCCUGAGGGCGUCCUGACUGUGGAGGCUCCAAUCAACAAGCCAGCCCUGGAGUACUCUGAGACCACCAUUCCUGUAAACGUGGAGAGCUCAGGAGCCGUGGCCAAGAAGUAGAAAGAAGAGGCAGGCUUGACCUCUUUCAGUCAUCAUGCCAGUGACUCAGCGACACACACAAACACACCCCCCCACACACACACACACUUUUAUAUAAGAGUUUUGUCUACUGGUAAUUGUAAAUAUAAGUGGGGGAUAUAUUACUGUUUCUUCCAAAUUGGGCCUGUGGCUUGCCCCUGCUUUCCUCACCCAUCCGUCCACAGCACUGAGCCGAGCACAUCGUGUAAACACCUCUGCACCACUGCCAUGUGCCAGUUCAUUGAGCUGUGACUACACUCCUCUGAAGGACUCGUCUCAGCUUGAUCCCAUUCACAGAUUGUUUUAGCUGUUAUUUGUUGCAUCUUCAAAUCCACUUGGUAGUGUCCCUUGCCAAUAACGUUGUGUCACUGGGUUGGAAAGCAACCGAUUUUUAUCUGAAAAUGUGUUUGUUUCUUAAGCCACUGAACCGGAAAAUAAAGAAAAUUAAACCAACAAGG